AUGAAGCGAGCUACGGCGUGCGAGCGAUGCCGGCUAAUUAGACGCCGCUGCAUGCGCCGCGGACUCGGACAGGCUUGCUCGCUAUGUCAAUCCAGGAACCUCCAAUGCUCAUUUGCAAAGUCUGAGAUCUUACGAGCACCAAGGCCAAUUUGGGUCUGCCCUGCUAGUCAACGGAUUGCGGCACAGUCCACAACAAUAGAUGCUCCCGACACCACAGCUACGAGGGACGUGACUGCUAUCGAGCUUCUCCCGGCAAGCACUGUGAGAGAGAUGGUUGAGCACUACCUCACCAAGCUUCAUGAUCGACCACAUAGCCUCUUCCACCCACAAUCCCUUCUUCGUAGCAUUGAGGACGGGACAAUCAAGAAAGCUCUACUCUAUUCAAUCUGCAGCUUGGGCUGCAGAUUCAUGGCCACAAGCAGUCUGCGGGAUUUGGAAACAGUUUUCAUGGCCGAGUCGAAAUCUUUGUUGCAAGCGGAUUUCGAGCACGUGUCUGUUCAAAACAUACAAGCCUGCAUCCUUGUCGCCAACUUGUGUGCAGCUCACUUGCAGACUCAAUCCGAAGCACUUUACUUUCGAAUGGCAAACAGCAUCAUGCAGAUCAUGGAAGUUGCGGACCCUUUACCAUCCUGUACUUCCGCCAUAACGAAAGAAAUAAGACGGCGCAUAUGGUGGACGCUGUUCAUGGCUGACUACUGGUGCUCUUCGGGAUUGGAUCUGCCGAGGCAGCUGAAUUACUGUGACAGGGUUGACUUACCCAUGGCGGAGGACGUGUUUCAUGCAAUGAGAGAAGACCAUAUCGAGUAUCCCAUCGCCACAAGUUGGAAACCUGGUCUAUGGGCACAUAUGAUCACCCUUGUUCAAUUCUUUGGGCCGGUGAUGGAUCUGAAUCGACGUUGCGCAUCACCAAGCUUUUCUGCAGAAGAGAGAGAUCGUACUGUAGCUGCACUCUCCUUGCAACUCCACCAAUGGGAAGAGAUGCUACCCUGUGAUGUACGGAACUCUACUGAGAACCUUCUAGAGCACAAGGCCCGCGGCUUGGGAGGACCAUUCGUCGCCUUGCACCUCGGUUUCCAUCACUACGCGACACUGCUUUACUUUCAGUUUCUCUCUUCUCCGAAUGAACCCCUCUAUGCACGACGUUGCAAAUAUCAUGCCAGGGCCUACAGCACCCUGCUUGAGCAAGCUCGGAAGACGGGAAGUUGCGAGGCUGUUUAUCCAACUGUCGGGCAUAUGGCAACGGUAUCAUCCGCCACCCUGCUAUACACGCUCCUCUUCGGCGAUGAGUUUGAGCUUGCGGAUUCCAGAGCCGGCCUGAACACCAACUUUGAAGCAUUGAUAGAGCUCAGAACAUAUUGGCCACGAUUGACAUCAUGGCAAAUUGAACGUCUCAUCACCUUUCAAAACUUGUGUCUACUUGCUGUCAGAAACGAAAACGCUCAAACUCAUCAACUUGACAGAUGGAUGCUGAGAUUCUUAGUGGAACAUGCACUACCCCUAGAAAGUAAGGUGCCGGGAUUAAGCAAUAUGAAUGGAAUGUGGGUUCAGGCUCAAGAGCUACGCAAGCAAGGUCGCUUCACAGAUUUCACUGAGAUGGCGCCAGCGCACUAUACUGGCGUCUGA